AUGGGUAAUAAUUGUUCAUGCUUAAAAUCUAAGUCAGAUGAUGAGUAUCAACUUCACGUAAUCGAAGAGGAAAGGCCAGAAUCAAAAGGUAUAACUUAAGUAGCUCCUCCGCUUUUAUCUAAGCAAACUUUCAAGCAUUCAGACAUUAUAAAAAUUCAAGGAAUAUUAAGAGGCUUCCUUGAUAGAAGGAAAGCUCAGUAUAUGAACUAUACUGGUAAAUCCGAAGCGAAAACUUCCAGCGCUAUCUACUUAGUUACUCGGGCAUCGACUCAUAAGUCAAUGAGAUCUGGAGAAAAUACUCCAAAUACCUCUUUUUGCGGAGACGAUCGUUAA